AUGCAUCCUGUGAUGAGUUUUGAUGAUGCCGCGUGGGUCAAGAGCGAGCAAAUUGUCGACAACUGGAUCUACCAGUUCUGUAGGCCUGAGAUCGGGGCUGCAGCUGCUCAAACCCUGUUGGACUAUCACAAUUCUGGCGAGCCUGUUGAUUUUACCCUGAUUGGAAAGGGGAGUUACAACAUCUCGUUCCGGAUGGAGUUUGAAAACGCUCCAUCGGCGGUGAUACGCUACCCUUUGCCUGCGACACUGCGAUUUCCUGAUGAGAAGAUUCGGAAUGAGGCCGCUGUUAUGCGCUAUGUGCGAGAGCACACGUCUAUUCCGAUUCCUCGGGUAAUCUACCAAGGGAACGCGGAUGAAAGCCAACUGUGUCUUGGACCUUUUGUCAUCAUGGAGUAUGUUCCACAUAACUCUACGAUGUAUGCCUUGUUAAACCCGCCUGAGCGCCCGGCAAACCUACGCGGAGUCCUUAAUCCAGACAUCUCAGAAGACCGGCUGGAGACAUUGUACCGUGAACUCGCAGACAUUCUCUUGAAGAUGUCUAUGUCGUCUUUCCCUCGGAUAGGGUCACUCAAGCAAAAGGAUGACUCCACGUGGGAAGUUGCCCACCGACCGCUCACGCUUAACAUGGAACAAAUGGUUGUGAUGGGAACUUUGCCUCCAGAAUAUUUACCAGGCCCAGAUGUUACCUUUGAAACGUCCGCUUCAUACCUAGAGUCCGUCGCAGAGACCUUCAUCCAGCAUCUCAAUCACCAGAGAAACGACUCCAUCGAGUCCGCAGAUGAUUGUCGGCGAAAGUUUGUAGCCAGGCGUCUGUUCCAGAAACUUGCAAGAGAGCAGAAAUUAACCAACCAUCCUCUUACAAAUGGCCCUUUCAAGCUAUGGUGUGAUGACUUCAGACCCGCCAACGUGAUUAUGGACCUGGGCGACCAUAUCGUCAGUGUGCUGGAUUGGGAGUUUAGCUACUCAGCCCCAGUCGAGUUUACCUAUGCUCCUCCGUGGUGGCUCCUUGUUGAAAAGCCUGAGUACUGGCCCGAAGGUCUCGAGGCCUGGACACGCGUGUAUGAACGUCGCUUAAAGACCUUUCUUGGGGCAAUGAUCAAAUGUGAAGAUGCCAGGAUCGACAGAGGAGAGAUGAGCGAUGCACAACGGCUCUCUGGUCACAUGAAGAAGAGCUGGGAAAGCGGAGAUUUCUGGAUCACGUAUGCAGUAACGCACAGCUUUGCUUUUGAUGCCAUAUACUGGCAAAAGAUUGACCCGCGGUUCUUCGGGCCGUCAAAUGACCACGAGACCGCCUGGAAGGAAAGGCUUGUCCUGCUCAGUGCCGAGGAUUGUGCCGAGAUGGAAAGACUUGUAGCCCGAAAAGUUGGCGAGUCCAAGAACAAACAGCUCGCGUGGGACUGCGACGAGUACACUCGCUUCCUUUCCGAUCGACUAGCACACGCUCAGAUAGACCUCUCAGGGGCAGAUGACGAGAUUGGAGAGAAAAAUGCGAAAGAUGGGGCUAAAGAAGCCGAGAGUUAUGACGAUAGCGAAGUAUUGGAGGCUACAUCAAAUGAGGUUACGAAUGGCCCUACCCAGCAUUCGCUGGAAUCGGCCCAUUCGAUGGCCAUUUUCCAAGCUAUCAUUGAUUUCUCCGCUGAUAGGCACCCCCUGGCGAAUAUUGAGGCUGGGAGCACCCAGAAGGUCGAUGUUGCGAUUCCUCAGACAAAGGAGGAAUAUAUUCACGUUGCGAACCUUUCGCCGAAAGACGCUCAAGAUGCUCUGGAGACGCAAGUGCUCUCUGAAAAACUGGUCGGGUAG